AGGUUUCACGAAAUUUCGCGUAGCGAUAUACUGAAUUAAUCUUUACAUUUGCUAAGAGUGUUAGCCGGGCAGUGCUACCAGAUUUGUAGCUUAGGUUACCAGUUUGUUUGCAGUUGCUAGCCUAGUGUUUUGGUCUCGUUAUGGGACGUGUUUAACAUGAGCUAACGCUAGAAAGCUGAUCCGUUAGUUUGACAAAUCACGUUUACUAACGUUUACUAAGCUGCUACCGUAAAAUGGACCAUUUAUCAAAUUUCUUUCUAACGGCUGUCAUUUAAUAAUCUGAUAUUCCAACUUUAAACCAGGGUGAGGUUUCUUCACCUAAUUAGCUAAAUUCCAGUUAGCCAAUUUAAAGUAGUGUCAUUGCUAUAUGCUCUGACAGAACAGUGUAUCGGUGGUAUUGUUUUUUUCAGUUUGUAUGUGAAUAGAAAAAACGGUUAUUUAUUUAAACAACUGUAAUGUGUGCUUAUGCCUGUUGCUGUGGUAUUUUACGGUGAUAGCUGGAAAAGUCUUAGGAAGCUUAGUUUUAUUAUGUGCAAGGGAACGGCUGCUCAGAUGUAAGUGCCAGUGUCAGAUUUGGGCAAUCUAUUGCUGAAGUGUUACUAAAGCUGCUCUUUAGGAAGACAAGGUGCCAAACAGCAAGGAUUGGCAGGUGCUCCUCACCAUGUCCAAGAGCAAGAGCUCAGAGUCAGUCAAGGUGGUGGUCCGUUGCCGUCCUAUGAACGAGAAAGAGCGGGCCGCCAAGUAUGAGAGCGUGGUGUCUGUUGAUGUCAAACUGGGCCAAAUUAUUGUGAGAAACCCAAGGGAGUCCUCGGGCAACGAACUGCCCAAAAUCUUUACAUUUGAUGCUGUUUAUGGUUGGAACUCCAAACAGCUGGAAAUGUAUGAUGAAACCUUCAGGCCCCUGGUUGAGUCUGUUCUUCUGGGAUUUAAUGGGACCAUCUUUGCUUAUGGCCAGACAGGUACAGGGAAGACUUACACUAUGGAAGGGGUGAGAAAUGAUCCAGAGAAGAGAGGGGUGAUCCCAAACUCCUUUGAGCACAUCUUCACACACAUUUCACGUUCACAGAACCAACAGUACCUUGUCAGAGCGUCAUACUUAGAAAUCUACCAGGAGGAGAUCAGAGACUUGCUCUCAAAAGAUCAGUCACGUCGUCUCGAGCUCAGGGAGAGGCCCGACACAGGUGUGUAUGUUAAAGAUCUUUCAUCAUUUGUUACCAAGAGUGUGCGAGAGAUUGAGCAUGUCAUGAAUGUGGGCAACCAGAAUCGAUCAGUUGGAGCCACUAAUAUGAAUGAGCACAGCUCACGCUCUCACGCCAUUUUUGUCAUCACGGUGGAGUGCAGUGAGUUGGGUGUGGAUGGAGAGAACCACAUAAGAGUUGGCAAACUCAACCUGGUGGAUUUAGCUGGCAGUGAAAGGCAAACCAAGACUGGAGCUCAGGGGGAGAGGCUUAAAGAAGCCACAAAGAUAAAUCUGUCACUUUCUGCUCUCGGUAAUGUCAUAUCAGCUCUGGUGGAUGGCAGGAGCAGCCACAUCCCUUACCGAGACUCGAAGUUGACACGUCUGCUACAGGACUCCCUUGGGGGCAAUGCCCGCACUGUCAUGGUUGCCAACAUUGGCCCAGCAUCCUAUAACGUGGAGGAGACCUUAACAACUCUGCGCUAUUCAAACAGGGCAAAAAACAUCAAGAACAAACCACGUAUCAAUGAAGAUCCCAAAGAUGCCCUGCUCAGGGAGUUUCAGGAGGAGAUUGCCAGGCUGAAGGCACAGCUGCAGAAGCGUUCAGGAAAGAAAAAGAGAAGGCGGCUGAGGAGGAGAGCAGGGGAAGGGAGCGAUGAUGAGGGUCUGGAAAGUGGCGAGACAGAGGACGAUGAGGAAGAUGGAGACGACAAGGGGGACUACUGGAGGGAACAGCAGGAGAAGUUGGAAAAGGAGAGAAAAGCAAUCCUGGACGAUCACAGCCUGGUAGCUGAGGAGAAAGCGCGGCUUCUUAAAGAGAAGGAGAAGAAAAUGGAAGACUUGCGGAAGGAGAGGGAGGCCGGAGAGAAGCUUGCAGCCAAAGUUAAGGCAAUGGAGAGUAAGCUCCUAGUAGGGGGGAAGAACAUUGUGGAUCACACCAAUGAGCAGCAAAGAAUGCUGGAGCAAAAGAGGCAGGAGAUUGCUGAACAGAAACGGCGAGAGCGAGAGAUGCAGCAGCAAAUGGAAAGUCGAGAUGAGGAGACGCUGGAGCUUAAGGAGACCUACACGUCUCUGCAACAGGAAGUUGACAUCAAAACCAAGAAGCUGAAAAAGCUGUUUUCCAAGCUGCAGUCAGUGAAGGCAGAAAUCCAAGAUCUCCAAGAGGCACACAUCAAUGAGCGCCAGGAGAUGGAGCAGAUCCAAAACGAACUCACCAGGGACCUCAAACUCAAGCAUCUGAUUAUUGAAAACUUCAUCCCCCUAGAAGAGAAAAACAAAAUAGUCAACAGGGCUUUCUUCGAUGAGGAGCCUGAGGAAUGGAAGAUGAAGCCCAUCACACGUAUUGAGGAUGACCAUCAGAUGAUGAGCAGGCCUCGGUCUGCAGUCGGCUACUGGAGGCCCCUCAGUCACCAUGCUUGCGUGGCCAUGAUGUUGAAGCCUGACAUGAGAUACAAAGCUGAGAACAUCAUAAUGCUGGAUAUGGACAUUCCUGCACGGACCACUAAAGAGUACCAGGAGCCAGUUAUCGCCCCAAAGCUGGCGGCAGCUCUGGAGGAUGCUCUUCGGGAUGAGGAUGAGAUCGAGGUAGAUGCCUCAAGCUUUCACAGCAGCUUGGGACAAAUGCUGCCUGCCAGUGCUAGUGGCAGCCUCAAGAAGCCAAAGUCAGGACGACCAAGAACAGGCAAGAAGUCAAGUACCCCGACUUCUUCAUACAGCCCCUCCAGUCCAGGAUCCCCUCUUUAUCCCCAAUCCCGUGGCCUGGUGCCGAAGUGAUGGUUCCUACUGCUGCUGUCACUGCCUGCCAACCUCUGUUUUGCACCUGUCCACAUUGGGAAUGACCUUUAGAGGAUGGGUAUAAAAAAAAAAAAAAGAAAAAAAAAAAAAAAGACUAAUGCUGCUUUUUAGUUUUUAACUACACCACGGUUAACUGAUCUCUUGAAUACAACAAAACGAUAGCAGCUGCGCAUGACAUUAUACUGCACUGCUUUUACAGCUCCCUAGAUAUUGAUGAAUGUCAGUAAUGUCUUUUUUUAUAUAUAUAUGUGUGUGUGUGUGUGUGUGUGUGUGUGUGUGUAUAUAUAUAUAUAUAUACAUACAUACAUACAUACGCACACGCACACAUAUAUGAAAAAAAAAAUAUAUAUAACAUGAGACCCAUCACAAUGUUAUUAACGUACAGAAAAAGUAAUGGUGGGCAUAACCUUCCCUUGCACUACUUCAUAUCUUCCUAGAUGUGUGUUAGGUGUCCUCCAUGUACUGUAAGUGUGGACAUGUGGGUGUGGUAGUGGGGGGAGGGGGCUGAGAGCUCUGUUGAACCUGGCACUAACAUACUUGUGUGUGAAUGUGGUGUUGUACAUCUGGCUGCAUGUCUGUCCAUCUUUGAAUCACUGCCUAAAUAGGUUUGUGUUUUCUGUUUUUGUCCAUGACUUGUAAUUGUGUUGCUUUAGAGGAGCUUUAAGAUUGUGUGUGGCUGCAUGCACUGGCUUCAGUCUUAAAGGAAUAGUUGCACAUUUUGCCAAAUACACUUACAAAAGAGAAGCGAUAAGAGUUUUUACCACCUUUACGCUGAAGUGUGAAGCAGAAAGUGAUCGGCUUUAGACAUAGCUGGUGAAACUGCCAUUUGAAUUUCAAAAAUUCUCAUACUAAAUUUUUAAUAGGCAGCAUGUCAGCUCAGCUGAAAAGGCAAAACUAUGCAAAUACAGACAUAGAAUCUGGUUAUUAAAUUAUAAUAAACUAAAUAAUAAACAAUAAACUGAGAGCAGUUAGUCCAUUACAAUUCCAUCCAUCCAUCCAUUUUCUUUUGCUUAUCCGGGGCCGGGUCGUGGGGGCAGCAACCCAAGCAGAGAAGCCCAGACCUCCUCUCCCCAGCCACCUCCUUCAGCUUAUCCGGGGGAACACCAAGGCGUUCCCAGGCCAGCCGAGAGAUAUAAUCUCUCCAGCGUGUCCUGGGUCUACCCCGGGGCCUCCUCCCGAUGGGACAUGCCCGAAUCUAUUACAAUUACCAAAUAAAAUUUUGGUGUUUACAUUUAAUUGUUUCUGGUAAAUCCAGUCAACGUAAUGGAUGUUACUCUGUACAACCUGAAUAUCUGUCAAAUCUAGCUCAGCACAACACAAAAGCAAUAAGAACAAGUAAGUUAUUAGUCUAGUUGAAUUCUCAAGCCAAAAAGAGCUUUUAAGUAGGAUCUCACCAAAAUGCCCUCCAAAAUGUUUUUCUCUUCUGAAACCAAAGGCAUACACAGAGCGAAGCCUGUUUGCAUGUGAAAAUGCGACCAGUGUCAAAAGAGGAAAUGCCUGUAGCCUUCUGCUUUACUUCCCUUAACUGACUUGGUAACAAAUCCAAUAACAUCACUUUUAAAGUUAUUAAAUAGUUACAUUUCACUUGUAAUGCAGUGCCACAGUACCUUUGCCAUACUGUGGCUUAACUUUACGUCGUGGUGACUCACAAGCUAGUUGGUAGCUUACCAUAAACAAUCUGCAUCCCUCAGCUGUGAUGCUGCAUGUGCUGUAGACCGUACUGAAAGGUUUACUAAUAGCAGAGUCAGAGCUCAAACUAUGUGAUGUCACUCUUCCUAAAUGAGCACAAACACAUUUAAAAUGAAAUAUGUAUUGGAAAAAAUAUACACAACAUAUUAUGACUGAGUAGCUGAGAACUGUUUUUGUUCUUUAGCUGAGCCAAGCUAAGCUUCUUAGUGUGAAAUCUGUACGCUACAUAAACCACAAGCUGAAACUAACACAUAAGCAAACUUUCUCAAAUGGUGGACUUUUUCUUUAAGUCUGUGUGAUUGCAAGUGUGCAGGCCAGGAAGUAAAGCAUGCUCCACACCUGGACUUAGUCACGAGUUGCUGUAAUCAGUAGAUGCUGUUCUUCCUGAGACACACUAGGGAGGUGGGAAACAUGGGGGGAGAGCCCGACACAUGUACCCUCUGUGGACACUUUCUAGGUUGCAUGACAUAGCUUUUGGCCACCAGACCACCAGGCCAGAGAUUAGCUUGAACUACAGCCUGAGUCACAUCAAAGGUACUGUCCUCAGAUUUGUCAGGGUUCCACGGUGCCUUAAUCUGCAUCCUUAAUCUCUGCUCCUUCAUUUGAGCCGUGCACACACAGGCCUCCCAGUCUUCGUCGGCUCAUCUACAAAUUCAUUCCAGGAUCAGAGAAUUGUUAAGAGCAUGAAGUUCAGUCGGGGGCAUCCUGGAUCUUUUGGAUAAGCACCACUGCAAAGUUGGGCAGAUGAAGGGUCAACAUAUUCUUGUGAUUUUUAUUUUUAUCUACCUUGGUAUUGGUCUGAGUGUAAAAGAACAUUAAACCCCCACAGACUCCAGUGGAUCUGAAUGCACAAACCAUUCCACAUUUGCCUCCAGGUGGACAAUAUGCAGUUUUAACCUUCAUGGUUCAGCCUGCCUCUCUGCUGCUCUCUGUUCCCCAUACUCUUUAACCGUGAAGGGGUGCGCUCUCCGCUCGCUGCUACCAUGCAGGGUUUUCCAACCCACUGUGACAUUUCAGCAAGCGUGGGUCAAGUGGCAAAUGAAAUCUUUUUAAAAUGUUUGUGAUGUGUGCCGUUUGUGAGUUGAAGACUUGAAAAACCAUCAGGACUAUGUCUCUAACUAUCCCUGUGAGGUCAAAGUAGCCCUAACUCUACCUCUGUGCAAUAAGAGUAUGUGACUUUUGUUUUUUGAAAAUUGUUCUAAGUCAUGGAAAUCGGGUAGAAAAUGAGAAAAAAAAUUGGAACUGACGCGUAUUUACAUUUAUCCCAAAACCUUUUUUUUCUUCUUCUUUUCAAACCACCGACUUAAAGUUGGGGUCGGACCUCACAGGGUACCUCAAGGAUCUCUCUGCUGUUUGACCCAUGCCUGCGUAUCUAUUUAGAUACUGUAAUGAAUAUAACUUGUUUAAAGGCAAUCCUUAGUCACAUUUAGAUCUGUAAGAAACACAAACAUGAGUUUCCAUAUUGAAAAAGCUUAACUUAUUACAAUCCUAUGUUUUUAUAUACAGAUGUAGAUAUAAUUUUUUAUUCAUUUUUUUUCUUGAAAAUAGAUUGUUGUUGUUGUUUUAUUUUUGGAGCUCUGUAAUUUAAUGUUGAAAUGUUAUUUUAUUUUGCAUCAUAUAUUAUGUGUCUUUGUAUUCGGCAAGGUACAGGCUUGUUUUCUCCACUUAGUUGAUGGGUUUUCCACAUGGAUGCUGAAAGCAUGGGUCAUGUUGUUGAUGUGGGCCUGUGCAAAGGGGGUCACAGUUCAGUAUUGGCACAUUAGCUGUAAGUUGUACUUCACAAACAUAAAUAUUAAAAUAAGAGCUAACAUUGAAAUGCUGUAUACGCAUGAUUUUAGCACGCUUGAGUAACAUGUUUUGGUUGUGACUGUGUUCAUCGGUCAUAGAAAUUUAGUGAGCAAAAUGUGAAUGUAUAAUUUAAUUGAGAAAUCUUGUAUCACUUAGCUACAUCACUGGAUCCAAACUCCCAGACUGUUUGUGACCAAUUUUUACGUGCUGUCAUUGUAGCCAUAUGACGAUUCUGCUGGUGCACUUAUGUAUCUGACUUGGCUAUGUCUUCUACUUGUUUAGUGUCUUUACAUUAAUAAAGAAAAAUUAAUGGGA